GCCUUAGGGCUCGCUGAUAGGGUCGGGAACCCCCAUGAUGAGCUCCCCGCCCCCCACUCGCCGGACCCGCCCGGCCCCUCGUCCGGAAGGAGGAAGCCGCAUCGUGGUGUCACCGGCCCGGGCAUCCCCCUCCCCCCAGGGGACUUCCUCUUCCUCUUCAGGGACAGGUGCAGCAGCUGAAGCCUGGGCUCCUGGGACUCCGACAUGGACGGGGGGGCAAGGCCCAGGCUGGGGGACUUCCUGAACGGCAGCCUGGCCACCUGGGUGCUGGGCCUGGCUGAGCUGGUGGGAGAGGGGCGGGAUGGGGAGGAGGAAGAGGAGGAGGAGGAAGAGCCCCUCGGUCCCAGGGGUCAGUUCCUGCAUCUCAGCGACGGGGCUCUGCUACACCGGGUCAUGGGGCUCAUAGCCCCCAGUUCCCGAGGGGGUCCCUGGCUGACGCGGGCUCAGGGGACUCCCGGAGCCCGGAGGGUGGAGAGCCUGAGCCGCCUGAGGAGCCGCCUGAGGGAUUUCUACCAGGAAGAGCUGCAGCUGCUGAUCCUGACGCCUCCUCCAGACCUCCAGAUCCUGGGCUUGGACCCCCUUUCAGAUGAGGCUGUGGAGGAGCUGGAAGGAAUCUUGAAGCUGAUGCUGGGGGCCUCCGUGCAGUGUGAACAUCGAGAGUUCUUCAUCAGGCACAUUCAGGGCCUCAGCUUGGAGGUCCAGAGCGAGCUGGCGGCCGCCAUCCAGGAGGUGACCCAGCCGGGGGGAGGAGCCGUGCUGGCCGUGGGUGGGCCGGAGCUGGCGGAGCUGGAGCAGACGCAGCUGGAGCUGAUGCUGCGGAGUCUGAUGGGGGCACUGGGGAGGCUGGUGCGGGAGCGGGACCGGGUCGCUCAGCGGCUGGCGGAGCUGUUGCUGGAGCAGGAGGCUCCCACUCCCCGACCCCCGACUCCCGCCGGGACCCCUCGGGACGAGCCCCCCCACCACCUGGCCCUGCAGCUGGCGGAUGCCAAGGCCCAGCUGCGGCGCCUGCGGCAGGAGCUGGAGGAGAAGGCAGAAGAGCUGCUGGACUCUCAGGGGGAAGUGCAGGGCCUGGAGGCGGAAAUCCGGCGGCUGCGACAGGAGGCCCAGGCGCUGUCGGGAGCCGCCCGACGGGCAGGGUUGUACCGGGAGGAGGCCGAGGCCCUGCGGGAGCGGGCAGGGCGCCUGCCCCGGCUGCAGGAGGAGCUGCGGCGCUGCAGGGAGAGGCUGCAAGCGUUGGAGGCCUGCCAAGGCCAGCUGGAGGAGGAGAGGGCGCUUUCGGGGGCACUGGAGGCAGCCCGGGCACUACUGGAGGGGCAGCUGGAAACCGCCCGGGAGCGCUGUGCCCGACUGCACGAGUCUCAGAGAGAGAAUCUGCUGUUGCGGGCGCGGCUUGGGGAGGCCCAUGCGGAGCUGGAUUCUACCCGGCAGCAGCUAGACCACCUACUAGAAGAGAACGUGGAGCUGGAGGCGGAGUUGAGGCAGAGCCUGAAGACCCCCCUCAGCCCCGCCGCGGAGGUCCCCUCUCCGGUCUGGGCCCCGUCUCUGCAGGAGGAGGUGAGAGAGGCUGAGAUGGGACAGCUGCGGAAAUUGGAGCGGGAGAAUCGGGAGCUGCGAGCCCGGCUGUGGGGACUACGGGGGCAGCCCCCGACCCAGACCCCCUGGCCUGAGGUCGGGAAUGAGGAAUUGGAUCUUGCUGAGAAAGAGGAGCUCCCCCAGGCUUCGGAGCCCCAUGAGAAGGACCAGCCCAUCCAGCGGCGUGAUCCUCCCACCAAGGAGACCCCCAGCAUCGCGGAAGCUCCUGGAGCCCUGCUACAGACUCUGCCGGAGGCCAGGAGGCAGGAGGCUGAGUCCUUGGAGCCGGAGGCCAGGAGGCAGGAGGCUGAGUCCUUGGAGCCGGAGGCCAGGAGGCAGGAAGCCGAGUCUCAGGAGCCGGAGGGCAGGAGACUGGAAGCCGAGUCCCGGCAGCUGGAGGGCAGGCAGCGGGAAUCUCAGUCCACAGAAUCAGAGGCCAGGAGGCAGAAAGCUGAGUCCCUGGAGCCGGAGGCCGGGAGGCAGGACGCUGAGUCUCAGGAGCCGGAGGGCAGGAGACAGGAAGCCGAGUCCCGGCAGCUGGAGGGCAGGCAGCGGGAAUCUCAGUCCACAGAAUCAGAGGCCAGGAGGCAGGAAGCUGAGUCCCUGGAGCCGGAGGCCAGUCGGCAGGAGGCUGAAUCCCGGGAGUUGGAGGCCAAGAUGCAGGAGGCUGAGCCCCAGGAGCCAGAGGGCAGGAGACAAGAAGCUGAAUCCCAGGAACUGGAGGGCAGGAAGCAGGAAGCUGAGUCUCGGGAGCCGGAGGGUAGAAGGUGGGAGACUGGAUCCCAGGGGCCAGAGGGCAGGGCCCGGGCAGAGCAGAGAUUAGUAAGAGAGGCUGGAGCCUGGGAAGGGGUGAGAGAAGCCAGGGGGCAACAGCUGAAAGAGAAGGCUCCGAAAGGGGAGGAGGACAAGCAGGCUGGGGCAGAACAAGAAGGAGAGGCCCAGAAUGGGGAGCAGAAGUGCUCGGAGCCGACAGCCGAGGGGCGGGGAGGGGAAGCCGUGAGGGAGAGAGAACCUGGAGGGGAGAGGCUGGAAGCCCCUGCCACAGACAGAGAGGCUGGCGAGCUGAAACACUGGAAACGCAGAACCAUGAAGUGGGAGAAGAGGCUAGAGGAGGAGGCCAGGUGCCAGGGAAAGAGGAGGGAGAGGCCAGAAGGGGAAGCAGGGUCUUGGGAACAGGAGCGGGAGGUUCUGAAGGUUGAAGUGGAGCUCCUGAAGAGAGAGCUGGAAGCUCUGGAGAGGGAGCGGGCGGCCCUGAGGAGGGAGGUGGAGGCUGGGGAGCGGAGGCAGGAAGCUCUGAAGGGAGAAAGGGAAGCCCUGAGGGAAGAGCAGGGGGCCCAGGCCCGGAAGCUGGAGGCCCUGGAGAGGGAACUGGAGGCUCUGAAGGGGGAACAGAAGGCUCUGCAGGGGGAACUGGAAGCCCAGGGCCGGAGGCUGGAGGCCCGGGCCUCGGAGGCCGCCCUCCUCGGCGAGGAGCUGGCCCGGGUCAGGAGGACAGAGGCUGAGGCUCAGGCGGAAGCGGAGGCUGGGGCUCGGGAGCGGGACGGCCUCCGGGAGGCCCUGGAGGCGGCAGGGCGAGAGCUGGAGGCGGCGGGGCGGGAGAGGGAGGCCCUGGGGGAGGCAUUGGGUGCCACGGGCAGGGAGAGACGCCAGUGGGAGAGGGAAGGGCUCCGGCUUCGGACCCGGGCCGAGCAGGCCGAGGAGAAGCUGCAAGCUCUGGAGAGAGAAGGCCGGGAGCGGCGGGAGGAAGCCGAGAGAGAGCGGAGGGAGAGCCAAGCCCUGAGAGAGGAGCUGCAGGGGGCCCUGGCUCAGGGACAGGAACUGCAGGCUCAGCUGGAGGAGCUGCAGAGGACGCUGCAGCGGGACAACCAGGGCCAGGAACAGAGGCUCCAGGAACAGGAGGAUCGCCACCACAGAGCGUGUGAGGCCUUGGAGCAGCGUCUGAAAGGAGAGCUGCAGGCUGUGCUGGCCACCAAGGACCAGGCCCUGGCUACUCUGACUUGUAGGGCCCAGGAGCUGGAGAGGGAGCUACUCCUGCUGCAGCAGGGGCCGCAGGGGCCUCAGGGGCAGCGGGGCCUGACGCUCGCCCUGUCCUGUGGAGGUGGGGGUGCCCAGGAGCCCCACAGUGGCCGGCUCAUCGAGGUGGAACGCAGCAACGCAGCACUGGCGGCCGAGAAGGCAGCCCUGCAGGCCCAGUUGCGGCAGCUGGAGGGGCAGGUGGAUACCCUGCAUUCCCGGUCACUGGACAUGCAGCAGCAGCAGCAACGGACCCAGGCGCACACCAGCCAGCUGCAGGCGGAGAAGGCGGUUCUGGAGGCGCAGGGCCGGGAGCUGCGGGAGCGGGUGGAGGCCCUGGAGGAAGAGGUCCGGGGGUCUCGGCGGGCGCAGGAGGAAGCCCAGGGGCAGCAGCGGGCCCUGCUCCGGGACCACGAGGCCCUGGGCCGGCUGCAGCGGCGGCAGGAGGCCGAGCUGGAAGGACUGCUGGGUCGCCAUCGGGAGCUGAAGGCCGACAACAGGCUGCUGGAGCUGGAGCACAAGGAACUGCAGGGCAGGUAUGAGCAGCUCCAGGUUCAGAGGGCACAGGUGGAAGCCCAGGAAGUGUCUCUGCGGGCGGAGCGGGAGCGACUGGCUCAGGACGGGCUGCGGCAGCGGGGGCUGGAGGAGGCCCUGCAGCGGCUGCAGGGCGAGCACGACAGGGCGCAGGUGCUGCUGGCGGAGGCGUCGAGAGAGCGGGGCGAGCUGCAGGGGGAGCGCAAAGAGCUGCGGACCCGGGUGGCCCGGCUGGAGCUGGAGCGGGCUCAGCUGGAGGCCCAGGGCCAGACCCUCCGGGACCUCAACCAGAAGCUGGACCUCAGCGUCUGCAAGCUGACCACCCAGUGCCAGCUGCUGACAGACCUGCGAGGGGCCCAGGAGGAGGAGAACCGGCAGCUGCUGGCCGAGGUGCAGGCCUUGAGCCGGGAGAACCGCGGCCUCAUGGAGCAGAGCCUGGAGAGCCGGGACCACCUGCAUCGGGAGCAGCGGGAAUACGUGGACCAGUUGAAUGCUCUGCGCAGGGAGAAGCAGAAACUGGUGGAGAAGAUCAUGGACCAGUACCGAGUACUGGAACCUGGACCCUUGCCCCGACCCAAGAAGGGCAGCUGGCUGGCCGACAAGGUGAAGCGGCUGAUGCGGCACCGUCGGGAGGGAGGUGGUCCCGGGGGGCUCCACCCCGGGGCCGAGGGGGUCGGCGGCAGCAUGGAGAACCUGGGCAGCUCGGUGGACCUGUACCUCCCCGAGGGCAGAGAGGCCGAGGGACCCGGCUCGGGCUCCCCGACCCCCAUGCGGCGGGCCCAGAGCUCUUGGUCCCUGAGGGACGAGGCCGUGACCGGAGGACAACGCAGGAAGCUGAGCUCCCGCCUGCCCGUGGUCCGCGGUUCGGAGUCCUUCAGCCCCGGGGACUCCCCCCGCCAGCGCUUCCGCCAGCGCCGCCCCGCUCCCCAGGGAGGAGCCCCCGGCUCCCGGCCUAAAGUGGCUACAACGGGAUGGGAUGGGGUCCCCGAAGCCCCGGAGGAAACCGGAGAUGACAGCGGCCUAGAAAGCCACACGGAGGUGCAGCAGAAGCUCCCGCUCACUUCCUCCCUCAGCCAGUGACCGGCAGCCCACAGCCCCAGGGCCCGGGGCGGGACGCCAGGGGACCCAGCCGGGACACCAGGGAACCAGCCGAAGGAUGCAGCGCUCAGCCCUGGAGCCCGGGAUGGGAUGCCAGGGGAGUCGGCGAACGCAGGCCUCAACCCCAAGGCCCGGGGCAGGACACCGGGAAGCCAGCGGUUGGACACCUCAAGCCCCAGGGCCCGGGGCGAGAUGCCAGGGAAGAGCCGGUGGACGGAGCCCUUAGCGGGAGGGUCCAGGGCAGGAUACCAGGGAGCCGGCAGACGGACACGACCCUCAGCCCCAGGGCCCGGGACACGACACCAGCGAGACGGCGGAUGGACACAGCCCUCAGCCCCAGGGCCCGGGGAGGGACGCCAGGGCGCCCGAGCUGAUGGGGAGGCCCUGUGGGAGGGCGGACGGCUGACGAGAACUCAGCCAUUUGUGGUGGAAGGGAAGGAUUCUCUGCCCACACCCCAUACCCCCACGUGCCUUGGGCCCUCCCGGGUGGAGAGGAGCAUCAGCCAACUGGGUGGUGGUGGAAUAAAUUGGGUUGGAAGAUGUCUGAGGGGGCUUGAGGGCCUGGAAGCCGCGGACUGGGGCUGCUUUAUGUCCUGGGUCUUCCCGUUGCAGCAGCAGCGGCACAGAACUCCCAUACGGGGUGCUGGGGACGCACAAUGCGAGAGGAGGAAGGCGACGAUGUAAAGUCUUCCGGCCCUGGGAAGUUUUAGUGGUAACAGCAGUAUGAUAGAAGUAGUAUUGUUAGUACUAGUAGUAUUUAUUAAGCGUCUAUUUUUCUUCUCAGUUUUUUUUAAAAAAACAGUAUUUGUUAAGUUCUUACUAUG